CCCCCCGCCCCGCCCGGCCCGGCCCGCGCGCGCUGCCCGGCCCCUCUCCGUGCCCUGCGCUGCCCGCCCGGCCGUGCCCCCCGGGAUGCCCCCCAACCUCACCGGCUACUACCGCUUCGUCUCCCAGGAGAACAUGGACAACUACCUGCGCGCUCUAGAUAUCAAUGUGGUCCUGCGAAAGGUGGUUUGCCUCCUGAAGCCCGAUAAAGAGAUCAUCCAUACUGGAAAUCACAUGGUCAUCCGCACGAUCACCUCCCUGCGGGACUAUGUUAUGGAUUUUGACCUGGGAGUCCAGUUUGAGGAAGACCUGGGACCUGUGGAUGGACGCAAGUGCCAGACAACUGUCUCCUGGGAGGGGGAUCAGCUGGUGUGUGAGCAGCUAGGAGAGAAGAGAAACCGAGGCUGGAGGCACUGGCUGGAGGGGGACAAGCUGCAUCUGGUGAGGACGCAGCUUGCUAAAAUCCCAGUUGCAGUGGGUGGGGGACACAGACAGGCAUAUGACUGUUGAAGACGAGGUCUGUGUCCAGGUUUUCCAGAAGGUGAAGUGAGCGCUGCCUGACCAGGACCCCACUCCUGAGGGCAAACUGCCCCAUGCUGAAAAAGAACCGAGACCUGAGCGAGUCGA